AUGGCUACCAGUGACCCCGUUGUCUGGGACGUUGGCUCCCAGGCGUGUGGCAAGUGCAAGCAGCGUGAUGCCGUGCUUAUCGCCCGGCGGGAGCCCUACUGUGGCGGGUGUUUUGUCCGCUUCAUCCGGGGGAAGCAGCGGAAGCCGAUGGGGGCCGACGACCGCUACCGCGUCCGCUACCACCGCCGCCCCGGCGACGACCCCCGCCACCGGGUGGCGGUGGCGGCGCUGGGCGGGGUGUCGCUGGUUGUCCUCGUCGACUGUGUGGCGGGGAUGCUCCAGGACCAGGCCCACGCCCAUAAGGGACGCACGGGGUUCGAACUCGUGGUGGUGACGAUCGCCACCGACGACGCCGACGACACUGUGAGCGCCCGGCUCCACCAGCUUGCCGCCCGGUUCCCCGAGGUGUCGGUGGUGGUCAAGCAGGUGCCGGUGGCCAAAUAUAUCGACGACAAGACGCUCUACCGCCUCCGGAUCACCCCGGAGUUUGCCGCGGUGGUGGGGCCCCCCGUCGCCCAUCCCAUGACGGUGGGCGAGUUGCUUGCCAUGUGUGUCAACAAGCUGAGCGGCGAGGACCUCUUGGAGGUCGUGCGCCACCAGUUGUUGCUUGAGUUUGCCGUUGCCGAGGGGUGCCACACCGUGUUGUACGGCCACAGUUUGACGCGGAUUGCCAGCGACAUCAUCGCGUUGACGGUGAAAGGGCGCGGGCUGGCGAUCUACCGGUCGCUCAACAACCGCACCGAGACGGUGGCGGGCGCCGCCGCCGACGUCGUCGUCAUGUACCCGUUGCGCGACGUCCUCGGCGCCGAGGUGAGUGCCUACGCCAAGGUCGCCGGCCUCGACGAGUUGGCGGCGACUUCGGGGGUGCCCAAACUGAAAAUCACCAAGAACUUGACGAUCCGUGACCUCACCGCCAACUACUUCGCCCGGUUGGAGGCGACGGGGUACGCGCUGACGGCGCUGGCGGUGGUGAAGAUCGGCGAUAAGCUUGCGCCCCCUAAAGGCGAGUCUCAGGGGACGUGUGGCGUGUGUGGCAUCGAGGUCUACCACAACCCCCAGCGGUGGCUCCAGCGGAUCACGGUGGAGCUGGCGGCGCCGCUCGACACCGACGACGAGCGGGCGAACCUCGCCGCCUACGAGGCGCUGGCGCCAGCGCUGGCGGCGGCGGCGGCGGGUGACGGCGCCGCCCUCGAGUUGUGCUAUGGGUGUACGGUGUCGCUUAAAGGUGCCGCCGCCGACAUGGCGUGGCCGGUGAACCCCGAGAGGUUGGGCCCCCGAUACAACGCCGACGACGUCAUCAACGAGCUCUCCUUGGAAUGA